CUCCUCUCCACUCCAUUCGCAGCUCAAUUGCGCCUCCCGUCGAGCAGCAUGGCCUCUCAACGCAUCUUCCAGCUCGGCCUGCGACGAGCAGCUGCCGCUCCCGGCUUCACCAGGUUCCAGCCCGCCGGGCGCAUGGUACAGCGGAGGCUCGCAGCAACACACAACGUAUCCUCCGCCGAGGGCCAGGAAAUCCUCGUCAAGCAGCGUCUCCAGCGACCCGUCUCUCCCCACUUGACCAUCUACCGCCCGCAAAUCACAUGGUACGCAUCGUCGUUCAACCGUAUCACGGGAAUCCUCCUCAGCGGAGGUCUCUACAUCUUUGGUCUUUCAUAUCUCGCCGCUCCCGCUCUCGGAUGGCACCUCGAGACUCCCUCGCUCGUCGCAGCGGUUGCGUCAUGGCCCGUCGCCGUUAAGAUUGCUGCAAAGGCCACCGCCGCUUUCCCCUUCUUCUUCCACAGCAUCAACGGAAUCAGGCAUUUGACCUGGGAUCUCGGUAUCGGCUUCAAGAACAAGACCGUCAUCCAGACCGGAUGGACCGCUGUCGGACUUACAGUUGCUUUGGGAGCAUACUACACUUUCGUCGGUUAAAUCUAGGCGGACCCGAAUAAAAGAAAAAGCUUAAAGAGAAGACAGGGAGGAGCGAGGACAAGAUUCAAGUAUGGAACUUGCUGUAUGAGUCCAGUGGGGUCGCAACGCUGGGUAGGAGUUGCAAUAUAUGGCUUUCUAGAACCAAGGCACUGCGAUGGCCAUGUACAUUUAUCUUUUUUUUU